GCAUGUGGCAACUCAUAACAACAUGCUGUGACAAACAUAGAUAAUGUGACAAAUUACCUCUAGCGUCAACAUUUCUUGAUUAUCUAUGAUUUCUUGCUCUGCGAUGGAAUCCUGCAAUUUGUGUGAACAUAAAUAUGACAAACUAUUUAAAACUGGUGAAAAAUUGCUUGGCACACAAUUGGGCAACGUCAUAAAACUUCUAUUGGCUGACCAUCAAGUUGAAAUCCCACCAAAGUUUCUUAUCUGCAUUGAAUGUUCAUUGGCGCUUAUACAAGCAGAGAUAGUUUUAAAACGUCUUUCAAACGCCUUGUCUUGUACACGAACAUCUCAGGAUAACCAAUUGAAGGCUCAGAGCAACGUUGAACCGGAAGGCCAAAAGAGUAAAAAUUUAUAUAAGUCAACAAAGGAAGGACAAAAUGAAAUUGUCUGCGAUUUGGAUAAAUAUUUAAUUGAUUUGAAGUUUAAUUGUACCUACUGUAAAUUUACAACAACCAAACCAAAAUUAUACAAAAAACAUUUAAAAACCAAACAUGGGGAGGACAAUCCACGUAUUUACCAGUGCCCUCAUUGCACGGUGACAUAUCAACGUGCGAAUGCAAUACGAAAUCACAUUUCUUUCGUACAUGACAACAAACCGCGACCGAAACGACAGCGCCGUAAAACUAUUGCCGUUGAUACGCCGGCAUUGCUGAGCAGUACCAGCCUUCACAAUGAUGUGGAUAAUGAUGCUUCAGAAGCUAACAAGACAUGUGAUGGUAACCAAGGAAAUGGUGGAAAUUUGCCUUAUGAAUUUGAUUGCGCCCAUUGCAAAUAUAAAACGGUGCAUUCAAAAUGGUUCAAGAAACACUUACAAGUCAAGCACCAAGUCGAAGAUGCCAGGAUAUAUAAGUGCAAGCAAUGCCCUAGUACAUACAGUAAGGUGCAAAAAUGGAACAUAAAUAACAUAAGUUACGUUUAGUACCAUAUCUACGCAAACAAGCUUGUUUAUUUGAUUGCAAUUGUACGUGUAUUAUAUAAUUAGUGUGUAAGCUUUCAAAUGAGCCCAUAACGGUUAAAAUCUAACAACAACAACUACUCAUUGGAAGAGCUGAAAAUAAAAACACAAAUGUUCCAAUUAUGCACCGCUUACUUCGUUGUUGUUCAAUGCUUAAUUUUAACGGUUCUUUUUAAAUUUGGCUGUGGUUUCUUUUGUUCUUUUUCUGGAAUUGGUGUCAUAAAGUGUCAAAGUGUCAAGUCAUUAAUAAAUAAAACUAUAAAACCAAGUUUUGAAGAAAAUAUUGUAAAAUCUGUGCGGGACGGGUUGUCUAUUCGAAAAUGUGCCCAAAAAUUCAAAGUUAGUCACACCAAAGUGCAAAGGCUUAAAAAAAACAUGAUUUAUUACAAGUUAAACAAAAUCCUGGGCGUCCACAAAAAAUGACCGAGCGGGAAAGCCGGCAUUUGGCUAAACUAGUUGCAAGCGGUAGCGUAAAAAUACCGUCAGAAGGCAUUCAGACAAUGAAUU